UUUUUGCAUUGCCUAAUGGCAGCAGUCCUAAUAUCAUUCUUUUGCCCACGUUUUGGUAUUGUCCGGGUUUUAGCGUUACAAGGGGCUGUUUGGAUUGACGCCCCGUUUUGCUCUGCUAGUUUAUUUCUACGCCGCGCUUGUGAAACAGCGGAGCCGAGUCACGCCAGAAACCAUCCAUCGCAAGCGCCGAAAAGGCAGACCCGAGCGGAUUCCCCAGCGGCGCGGCCGGCCGCGCCACGGGGAUUCGACGCGCCCGCACCGCUCUCGUCAAAACCGCAACACCACUCCUCCCGAUCGGCUCGACCCCCGCACUCAAAUGACCAGCACCCUCACCCUCACCCUCGCCCUCACCUCCCCGCUCCGCGUCCACUGCCCCACUCCCCCACCCGCAGUUCCGCCUCUGCAGGGAGACGGGGUUUGGGUUACUUUCAGGCGAGAGGUGCGCACCGCCGCUGCCGCGCGAGCGCAAGCCUCUCCGCCCCGGCCGCCGCGCAGAUGGACCUGUCCGGGCAGCCGCUGAGGCGGGAUCUGUACCCGCAGGUCGAGCCGUACGACACCGGGUUCCUGAAGGUCUCAGACGUCCACACCAUCUACUACGAGCAGUCCGGGAACCCCCAGGGCCAUCCGGUGGUCUUCCUCCACGGGGGUCCCGGAGCCGGCACGUCGCCCGGCAACAGAAGGUUCUUUGACCCGGAGUUCUAUAGGAUCGUCCUGUUUGACCAGAGGGGUGCGGGCAGAAGUACUCCUCAUGCUUGCUUAGAGGAGAACACUACUUGGGACUUGGUUGCGGACAUUGAGAAGCUCAGGGAACAUCUUGAUAUCCCGGAAUGGCAGGUGUUUGGCGGUUCAUGGGGAAGCACCUUGGCCCUCGCGUACAGCCAGACACAUCCUGAUAAGGUCACUGGCAUUGUUCUAAGAGGAAUUUUCUUGCUUAGGAAAAAGGAGCUUGAUUGGUUCUAUGAGGGCGGCGCAGCAUCUAUUUUCCCAGACGCUUGGGAACCGUUUAGAGAUUUUAUUCCUGAGGAUGAGAGGAAUUGUUUCAUAGCUGCAUAUAGCAAAAGGUUAACUUCAUCCGAUGCUAAUGUUCAGGUUGAAGCUGCUAAGAGAUGGACGAUGUGGGAGAUGAUGACUGCACAUCUUAUCCAAAAUCAUGAUAACAUUAAACGAGGGGAAGAUAACAAGUUCUCACUGGCAUUUGCAAGAAUUGAAAACCACUAUUUUGUGAAUAAGGGUUUUUUACCCUCAGACUCAUACCUAUUAGACAAUGUUGACAAGAUUCGACAUAUUAAGGCUUUUAUUGUACAGGGGCGGUAUGAUGUUUGUUGUCCUAUGAUGUCCGCUUGGGAUAUUCAUAAAGCUUGGCCUGAAGCAGAAUUUAAGGUGGUCCCAGAUGCAGGGCACUCGGCAAAUGAAGUAGGUAUUGCUGCUGAACUGGUAUCAGCUAACGAAAAGCUGAAAGACAUGUUGAGAAAGUGAGGAGGCUAAAGACAUGUUUUCGAGAGGCCCAUUGCUGUAGCACCUCUGAUGAAAUUCAGAAGCAUUUUCGAAAGCCUCUUGCAGAAGUGCGGAAUAAGACCGACGUGGUUUUAACAGUUAGCACAGCCUGAGUGUAUGUGUUAAACUAUAUCAAACAUCCCUUUAACAAUCAGAGCAGGCUUGAUUUUAGGCUAUCUUUCAGAAGUGACUGUUCUUUGGAAUGGGCAAUUGUCUAAGAACUUCUAAGGCAAAUUUGUCUACAGAACAUCCAAAUUGUGUGGUUUGGUCUA